CUUAAAAUUCUCAAAAAUAGCAGAUUUGAUUUACAAUCUACAAUCGUUACACGCACACUCCUCUUUCUCUCUCUAAAACUACGCUGCUUUUGCGGCGGAUGAUGAUGAUUCUUCCCGAGUCUUCGUAAAUUGAUCGAAAAAGUCUCUCGCCCGUCCGUCCAAUUAUCUCGGUCGAUGAUCAGGGCAAACAAUCGGGUAUACUAUUUCUUCUGAAGAUUUUCAUUUAUGCCCCAGAUCUAUCUCCAUUCUUAUGCAAAGAUUACAUAUUUAGGUCAAGCUUUCGAUUCUUCGAUUCUAUACAUAAUUUACACACCCUCUCUCGUACAUACUCUACUCAACUCAACUCUCUAGUUCUAGGGUUUAUUCAAUCUUUGACAUGUUUAACAAAUUAAUGAAGCGUGGCCAACGCAAAGGCUCCAAAUCAAACGGUAAUAAUAAUGAUUCGGCUUAUGGUAAUCGGAAUUCCGAUUUGGUUUGGGCUUCUAACGUUGUUAUUAAGCACGCAUCUGCACCCGUCUCCGCUAAGGAACAACAGUUCAGUGGAGGUGGUGGAGCUACUGUAGUGAUUCCUCCGGGGAUCAUUGAACCUCUACCUAUGUUUAAGGAUGUUCCUGCGUCGGAGCGGCAGAAUUUAUUUCAUCGGAAGGUUCAGAUUUGUUACUUUGAAUUUGAUUUCAAUGAUCCUUCAAAGAUGGUUAAAGAAAAGGAACUGAAAAGACAUGCUCUUGAAGAGCUUGUUGAUUAUGUACAGUCUGGUUCAGGGAAAAUUACGGAUGUUAAUCAAGAAGAAAUGGUGAAGAUGAUUUCUUUGAAUAUAUUCCGUAGUUUACCACCAGCUUUUCAUGAAAAUACUGGUUCUGAAAACAUUGAGCCUGAAGAAGAUGAACCCUUUCUUGAUCCAUCUUGGAUGCAUUUACAUAUUGUGUAUGAACUUCUACUCAGAUACAUUGUUUCUUCUGAUACCGAUACGAAGAUUGCCAAACGAUACAUAAACCAUUCGUUUGUUCUGAAACUAGUUGGUCUUUUCGAUAGCGAAGAUCCACGAGAGCGUGACUGUUUAAAAUCUGUCCUCCAUCGAAUCUAUGGGAAAUUCAUGGUUCAUCGCCCGUUUAUCAGGAAGACUAUAACAAACAUCUUCUAUCGAUUUAUAUAUGAAACACAGAGACACAAUGGUAUUGGCGAGCUUCUUGAGAUCCUUGGAAGUAUUAUAAACGGUUUUGCAUUGCCGAUGAAAGAAGAACACAAAUUGUUCCUUGUUCGAGCUCUAAUACCUCUCCACAAACCGAAAUCUGUCACAUUAUAUCAUCAUCAGCUUUCUUACUGCAUUCUUCAGUUCGUUGAGAAGGAUUGUAAACUUGCUGACACUGUUAUAAGGGGUUUGUUGAAAUAUUGGCCUGUCAUCAAUUGCCAAAAGGAAACCCUUUUGCUUGGAGAGCUUGAGGAAGUGUUGGAGGCUACACAGUCUUCGGAUUUCCAACGUUGUAUGGUUCCACUUUUCAAACAGAUUGCUCGAUGUCUCAACAGCUCUCAUUUUCAGGUUGCUGAAAGAGCGCUCUUGUUUUGGAACAACGAGCAUAUAGUUACAUUGAUUGAACAGAACCGGAGGGUAAUAUUGCCGAUUAUUUUUGAGGCGAUGGAGAAAAAUGUUCGAUCACAUUGGAAUCAGGCUGUUCAUGUACUAACAGUUAAUGUAAGGAAAAUGUUCUUAGACAUGGAUGCUGAACUAUUUGAAGAUUGUCAGAAACAGUACGAGGUAAAAGAAAAUAUGGCGGAGGAAAUGAAAGAGAGGAGGCAGUUAAUAUGGUUAAGAUUGGAGGCAGCUGGAGACAGACGAGAUGGUGAAUGAAAUGUCGAUAAAUAACACAUUUCAAAAAGAGAAAAAAAAAUUGUUACUCCAUUUUUUUUAAUGUUCUUCUUUGAUCAAUAGGCAAGUGGUAACUUAGAGACUUUUUUGAUAAUUUUAUUUCUGAUGUUUGAUGUGUAUUAUCUUUUCUUUCUUCUUCUUUUUUUUGUAUUUUUUUGGAUAUUGCUAAUUAAUUGUUGUUCAAUUGGUUUAUACAGGACUCAUUUUUUUUAAAGAAAUUAUAGUCAAAUAGAAUUGUUA